AUGAAGUCUGCCGCCGCCCUCGUGAGCCUGCUCCUCUGGUGUGGCCUGCCGUCGGCUUGCCACGGGCACGGGAAGCACGACGACGACGACAAGGAAUGGUCAAAAGAGGAGCUGGCCGAGCUCGAGGCGAAAUGGGGCGCCGAGUGGGGGUUCUCGGGAAUCGGGUCCUUUGCGCAUCUCGAGCACGUCAAGUGCUUGACGGACCCAGGGGCGCGGUACGACAUUGCCAUCAUCGGCGCGCCAUUUGACACGGCCGUCACGUUUCGCCCAGGCGCCCGAUUCGGCCCCCGUGCCAUCCGCCAUGCUUCGUCUCGGCAGACGGCCUUUCGCGGCUUCAACCCGCGGGCCGGCAUCAACCCGUACCAGAGCUGGGCCAAGAUUGUCGACUGCGGAGACAUCCCCAUCACGCCCUUUGACAACAACAUUGCUCGCGAGCAGAUGACGCAGGCCCUGAAGAGUCUGGGCGAGCGGGCGUCGGUGUCGGCGCUGAGCCCCAAGCCCAGGAUGGUGACGCUCGGCGGCGACCACAGUCUGACACUGCCUGCGCUGAGGGCCCUGAACCACGUUUACGGACGGCCGGUCCGGGUGCUUCAUUUUGACGCGCAUCUCGAUACGUGGAAUCCCGAGGCAUACCCGUCGCACUGGGGCGCCACGCAGUUCACGCACGGCUCCAUGUUCUGGAUGGCCAAGCGCGAGGGCCUGCUGUCCAACUCGACGUCGGAGCCGUCGGUGCACGCGGGCCUGCGGACGCGGCUCAGCGGCUCGGCGUGGGCCGACUACGACGACGACGGGUCGCAGAACUGGAUCCGGUUCGCGGCCGACGACAUCGACGAGCGCGGCACGGCGGGCAUCGUGGCGGGCAUCAUGCAGGCGCUGGGCACCGAGGACCCCGUGUACCUGUCGGUGGACAUUGACGUGCUGGACCCGGCGUUUGCGCCCGGGACGGGGACGCCGGAGCCCGGGGGGUGGACGACGCGGGAGCUGAUCCGGGUGCUGCGCGGCAUCGAGGGGCUCAACGUGGUGGGCGCCGACGUGGUCGAGGUGUCGCCGGCGUACCAGGGCCGCGGCGAGGAGACGGCGCUGGCGGCGGCGCAGGUCGUCUACGAGGUGCUCACGUCCAUGGUCAAGCGCGUUCUCGAGGACAAAGGCCGGUCGAGUGGCAGGGACGAGCUGUAG